AUGCACCAUGCACCACCAUCCAGACCCCUCUCCUUGACGACCGACGACCUCACAGUCAAUUCUCUCUCCACACCAGCUGGCAACGCAACAAUAAUGGCCAGUAAAACGAGCAGAAACCUCGUCCGUCUACGGCCGCGCCGGCACAUUUCCUCCUCACUCUCCUACUCCACCCCGCGAACCUACCAUUCCUACGACCACCCACCUCCCCCGGGACCCUUUACCCCAAUUGAGACAUCCAUUCUCUCAGCCUCACUCCCGCAUGUCCCGACCCAUGGCUUCACGCACACAACACUCGCGCUCGGCGCCAAAGACGCUGGCUACAUCGAUGCUUCGACGAACUUAUUCCCCAAGGGUGCGUUCAGUCUGGUGCAUUACCAUCUAGUGACGCAAAGAUUGGGACUGGCGGACAGGACGCAUGUAUUCGAACUGGAGGGAGAGGAGAGGCCGAUGGGAGUUGGGAGGAAGGUCAAGGCAUUAACGUGGGAGCGGUUGAUGGCAAAUAGGAAGGUUAUACACAGGUGGCAGGAGGCGUUGGCACUCAUGGCGCAGCCUUCCAAUCUCCCAACCGCCAUUUCCGAGCUCUCCUCCCUAGCAGACGAGAUCUGGUUCAUUGCAGGCGACAAAUCAGUUAAUUCGAGCUGGUAUACGAAGAGGGCUUCACUGUCUACGAUAUAUGCUGCUACGGACCUGUUUAUGACGACGGACAAGAGUCCGGAUUUUAUGAAGACGAGGACGUUUUUGGACAGGCGGUUUGCAGAUGCAGAAAUCAUAGGAAAAGCUACAGGUAGUGUAGGGCAGUGGAUGGGGUUUACAGCACAGGCUGGCUUGAAUGUGCUAAGGAGUAAAGGUGUAAGAAUAUGA